GGGCCGUGGUCGCACCUCUUCCCUCCCACUCACGUCGAUCCGAGGCAUCAGCUGCUUCGAGAAGAAUGAAAUCGCGAGGAAGAGAAAAAGCAGAGGCAGAGGCGUUCGCCUGAACCAAGUCGGGUCAGGGACAAGUGUCCAGCCGUGGGGGAAUGGGCCCAGCGGUUGCUGGCGCACGGCCGACGCGAACGUGCCGGGUCUGAGUGUCGAGAGUAGGCCCGUAAGCUCAGCGAACAAAGAGGUGUAAACAGACUAAAGAGAAGACCCCCCCCCCCGACACUUCCCAACCCCCGGAGGAAUCGGAGCUACUCCUCCCACUGCCCCAGCCCGGCGCGUCCGUCCCUGAACCCAAGGGGCUCGCCACCCGCAGCGGGAGUGCCUCUGACCUCAGGGCCACCGGGCGACGGUCACCGCUUAGCGGGGGGUUAACUAGUUUAAUGCCCGGUGUGAGAGGGGUGUCAGGUUGGGCGGUCGUGCCAGUGCCCUGUCUCUUUCCCCGUGCCUAUUAUGUACACCUUCGUGGUCCGGGAUCGGAACAGCUCCAUCUAUGCAGAAGUGGGCAAAGUGCUCAUCUCCACGGGACAAUGGCGAAGACUCAAGAGGGACAACCCCAGGUUCAACCUGAUGCUGGGGGAGAGGAACAAGCUGCCUUUUGGUACCCUGGGUCAUGAACCAGGACUUUCACAGCUUGUAAACUAUUACAGGGGCGCUGACAAACUGUGCCGCAAGGCUUCGUUAGUCAAACUCAUCAAGACAAUCCCAGAACUGAUGGAAUCGUGCACCUGGUUUCCAGAAUCUUAUGUGAUCUAUCCCAUGGGUCUCCACACUACGCUGAUCCCUGUGAAAAAUGGCAUUAAAGCACAAAGAAAUAAUGUGAGGACAGAUGAUCGGGAAGCAUUUUUGGCAUCCUACCACAAGAGAAGGGAAAAUGGAGAAAGCAACGUGUGGAUAGCUAAAUCUUCAGCAGGUGCUAAAGGUACUGGAAUUUUUAUUUCCUCUGACGCUAAUGAAUUGAUGGAUUACAUUGAUAAUCAAGGUCAAGUUCAUGUAAUUCAGAAAUACCUCGAGAAACCUUUACUUUUAGAACCAGGACAUCGCAAAUUUGACAUCAGAAGCUGGGUACUUCUUGAUCACCAGUAUAAUAUUUACCUCUACAAGGAAGGUGUAUUGCGGACUUCCUCUGAUCCAUACAAUAGCACUGAUUUUCAAGACAAAACCAGUCAUCUGACAAAUCAUUGUAUUCAGAAAGAAUACUCCAAAAAUUAUGGGAAAUAUGAAGAAGGCAAUGAAAUGUUCUUUGAAGAUUUCAAUCAGUAUUUAAUGGACACUCACAAUGUUAACUUGGAAAACAGUAUUUUACCACAAAUCAAGCAAAUCAUAAGAAGCUGCCUUAUGUGUAUAGAACCUGCAAUUGGCACUAAGCUGCUUCCAUACCAUAGCUUUCAACUGUUUGGGUUUGAUUUUAUGGUUGAUGAAGAUCUCAAGGUCUGGCUAAUUGAAGUGAAUGGAGCUCCUGCCUGUGCUCAGAAACUCUACGCUGAACUUUGUCAAGGCAUAGUAGAUGUAGCCAUUUCCUCAGUCUUCCCAUUAAGUGACUCACCGCAGAACCCGAGCCAACAAUCUGUCUUCAUUAAAUUGGGAAGUUAAUAGAAUUUUACUGCUCGCUCUUCCACUUCACUACAUUUCAUAAUCCGAUUAGCUGUAUGUAUCAGUAUCAGCUGAACACUGUGAAUCAUGCAUACAAACUCAAUCCAUAGUCCUUAGAAGUCUAUUAAAAGACCAACGCAUCCAUGGUGAAGAAUAAUUAUGAAAACUGUGUAACUAUUAAGAUUGGUUACUUCUAUAAAUCAACAGCUUACUUAAUGUACCGCAUUAAGAUGCCUUUUGGAAAAUUACAAUCAGACCAUGUCAAUGGGAGUUGCUCUAAACUGAUACAUGUCGCUUUAAACUCUGCAGAAAUGCUGCAAGAAUAUGCUCUGUUUAUUACAAAUGGAUAGCAGGGAUUGUGCAUCAUGGCUAUACGAUUAGAAGUACUGAUCUGCAUCCUGAAAGUAUUGAACGGUACUUUGACUUGAUUAAAAUUUUGGCACUAUCCUUAAAAUGUGUAGCAAACUUUCAUAAUCUGCUGUAUUCUGCUAAUUUUACUUGUAUAAUGGUGCAUAAAGAUGGAUAUCACUGUGACCUGGCACAAACCAACUCGCUGUACAUUUCAUACCAUCUAACUAGUAUGUUUACCAGUUGUGAAUGCGAAAUGCUUCAGAAACCAGGAAAGAAAGUGGUCAUGAGCUGCUUUCAUUCUGAUUAUAUACUCAGCUUCUUUUUGAAAUAUAGCUGAUGUUAUGGAUGUGAAGAAAGCAAAUGAUUCUGUUUAUUGUUUUUAUUAUAUUUGCAAACACUUAAUCCUCUGAGAGGAGUUUUUGGGGUGAGGCAAACCAAUAGUAUUUUAAAAAUGCUAAUUUUAUGAAGGGUAAAGAAUCAUUUCCUUUUGCAUUUUUUUUUCUUAGUUGGGAUUGUGUUCCGAGCUGUGCAGAAUGAAAUGCACUAUUACAAACACAAAAACAGAAAUUGCUGGAAAAGCUCAGCAGGUCUGGCAGCAUCCAUGGAGAGAAAUCAAGAGUUAAUGUUUCGGGUCCAGUGACCCUUCCUCAGAACCAGUUUUUACGCACUAUUAAAAAGUUUAGUUCAUUCUGUUUGCAGUCCAUAUGCGGCCUGAAUAGAGCUAUGAGCAUUAAUAUGACAGAUUGGAAAAUGGUAGCAUGCACUAAAUGCAUUUUGUCUUGAUUCACCUUAUAUAUGUACAUCACCGAAAUUGUUCUAAGUUGAGAUACCGAUUAUUAUAUAUAUGUUUUUCAAUUUAUUUCCCUGCCAGUUCACCAUCUGAAUAGUUAUCUUGCUGCAAUUAUUUUAUGGUUACCUGCCAAAUGCAUGAUUUUUUAAAAAAUAGAUCAAAUAUUUUGUUCUUAUAUUUAUCAUUCUAUUUCGUAACUGAGAAAGAUUCAGUGCAGUGAGGAAGGAGGUAUGUUACUAUUUAAUGUGUUAACUAUGUGGGACAAACUGGUUGUUUUCCCCAGGGUAUUUGUCGAGUGCUGUUCCAUUUUUAAGGUGUUUUUCUCCCAGAAUACUUGCUAGCUUCUGGAGAGUGCACUGUAGUGUUAUCCUUCACCACUCAUCACAAGCAGUUUAUUGUGAUGACAUGUUGCUAUUAGUGCAUGUUUCUCCAUAUCUAACUUCAAAACAAUAUCAUGAAAAUAAACAGAAUUGCUGAUUAUCUCGUCUUUUUUUUUAAUCACCCUAAUUGUUACUUUCUAAGUAUUAUUAAUAAUUAACAUUUGACAGCCAAGUCACCCUGAUCCUAUAAGAAUGUUGUUGCAACUAAAUGCAUAAAUGUCAUCAAACAGUUAAGGAACUGAGAAUGAUCACAACGCAAGAUUUGCAUCCAUUCAGACUUCUAACAGAACUUAUUUUCACCAAAAUUUAUAAAUUUUAUAGAUUACAAUUUCAAUACAAGCUUAAAUAGAAUUCGCAACAAAAUUCAAGUGGAAUUGUAUAAUAUUCACACAUCAUGUUUCAUUUCUGGGUGACUCUAUACAGUUAUAAUGGUCUCAAUAUUAAGUCUCUGAGCUGUGAAUAGGUCUAGAGUCUGUUUGCAAUUUGAUUUAUAUGCAAGUCAGAACACUAUGCAGGACAAUGUACUGCAGCCAUUUGUCAAUAUAGGGAUUGGUUAAAUGUCAAGGCUUUAAAAAUAACACCCUGUAUUGGAUGGUGUUCGUUAAGUAGAAGCAUGAAAGUUCAUAACUUGGGGACCCUUUGUACUUAGGUUAUAUGCCAACAUGGAAUGUAUACUAUAAUGACAAGAUAUUUCAAAUUGAAAAUUUUAGAAAGUGCAAUUGAAAUAAACUUUUCACUAUACACCAGUUUCUACUGAGUUAUGAGACUACAUUUUUGUUCCCAAAAGUUAUACUUUAAUCAAUUUUUAAAAGAACUAUAAAUAAUAUCCACUUGAACAUUAUAGAAUUUACAAUAAAAUUCAACUUCUAUGUAGCAUCUUCCAUUCAAUACUGGUUAGUGGGAAACCUGUUCUUUUUUGUACCAUGACCCAGGAGCAUAUGCUACUUUACACAUUCACUAUUAUCCUGAGUCAGCUAACUAUGUAGAUCCAAGUUGGAAUUUUCCUGGUAUGUAUAACUGAAAUAAAUUGAGAUAUGUAUAAACAUUUGCCUUUAUUUGUACCCAUGUGGACAUUCUUCUACUCUGCAACUCCAAGGAGCAAACCUUCUAUUGCCCCAGCUGUGCCUUUCGCCACCUAAUAUCUGGAACUCUCCCUCUAAAUUGCUCCACAACCUUUUUAUAUGGUCUCUUCAACCUAUCUUUUUCUCACUUGGUUUC